AUGUCCAAAUCCGAGUCCCACAUCGAAGAGGUACCGUCACAGCAACCACAACAAGAGCCGGCGACGGAUGCUCUUGUGCCCGAGGGUGCCACCAUCGCGCCUGAGCCCGCGCUCGAACCAUCAUCAGAACCAUCAUCAUCAGAAUCACACGAAGAGCAUCUCAAAGCGACGUCUACGUCGACGGAACCAGAAGCGGCCGCUACCACCGCUCCUGCUAAACCCAGCCGGCUCUCCCUGGCCUUCCAGAAGAUCUCCUGCGGUCUCUGCUUCCAUCCCCUCAAGAACAACAACGCCACAGACUACCAUGCCCUCGUAGUCACCCCCACGGACGAAGACGGUCCUGGAUUUGGACAGGACUACCAUGACACCGACCACAGCGCACCCGCACAUAUCACCGAAGACUUCAAGGGAGACCACAGCGUCCACGCCGGCGCCAGCAGUUCAACAGACCACCAUCUGUCUGCAUUGGGCGAGGCCGAGAACAAGAGCAAGGCUGCGGAGGAAGAGGUGACCUCGACCAUUAUCGAGGAGAUCACCAUCGUCGAGGGCUCCAGUGCGCAAGUACCACGGAUUGAAGAGGUGGUUCAGGAGACAAUUAUCGAUCGGCAGGUUCCCCGGGAUACUGUCCAAGAGGAGUCAUCGUUGGCAGUGCCCGGAGCAGGGAAGAACAACAAGUCUUCAUCGGCCAGCUCCUCCCCCGCCACCAGCCGGGUCGGCAAGUUUGCCAAGCUGGCCAAGCGCUCGUCUUCGACCUCGAAUGUCACCCGUUCGUCUUCGAACGGUCCGUCAUCGCCGUUGCUUGGACGUCUGGGUCGUCUUGCGAAGAACAUCCGUACCAACAACACGACGAGUUCCACCCAGUCCAAGGUCGAAUCCCUGAAGAUUGCUGAGGAGCCUACAGUCAACCAGCCAGAGAUGUCUACUACGAAACCAGACAAUGCGAUUGCGGCUAUUGCGCUGCAGACUUCGCCCAAGGACCUGCAGGUCGAUUUCCAUGAGACGGUCAUGAGCGACGACGACAACGACGAUGAUGACGAGCCCAACAAUUUGCAUGCCUUGAUGGAGGAGCCUCAGGAGCUGAAGACGGCCGUCAUGCCGUUCGAUAGCAGUGCCCCCGUGGACGUUCCAGAGUCCUUGGCGAUCAAGAUCCCUGGACAGCCUUCGCCAUCGGCGAACUGGGCGCAAUCACCGACACUGCACCAGAACGACGCCAGUGCCAGCACGAGUUCCCCUAGCCAUUUCUUGACCAAGGCUGGUCGCUCAUCGACUGCGGGCAGCACGGUCGGAGGUGCUAGCGAGACUGCAUCUUUGGGUUCGAGUGAUAAGAACAGCGGGGUUGGACUCAACGAGGUCGAGGGAGGCAAGUUCCAGAACAAGCGCCGGCCCAGUGUGUUGAAGAAGAUUGGCAAGAUCAUGAAGAACAGCAACGAGAAGAGGAAGGAGAAGCGGAUGAGUCGACAGAAUAGCUCGGCGAUGACGAGCCCGAUCGAGGCGGAUGAGCAGGUGGCUCGAUUCUGA